UGGUAUAAUCUGUUAAAUAAAUUACUUUGUCUCAUUUUUGUUAUUUGUUUAAAACAAACAGUUUUCUACUUGAAUAUACUACAAAUACAAACAUUUUGAUUUGUUUAUGUUUAUAUCAAUUAAAAUGGAAACAAAUACCGAUGGUUGUUUAAUAGAUUAUGAUUUGGAUUUUAUAACUCACAUAAAAAUAGAGGAAGAAACACUCAAUGAUGGUUAUUCAAAAUAUCAAAAUGAAUUUAAUAAUUUUUUAGUAAAAACACAAGAAAAUAUCCCAGAAAAAACUGUUACUUACAACAGUAGUUAUGAAGACAUUAUGCCAUUAAAUGAAAAUGAUCAUAAUGAUAAUGAUGAUGAAAAUAAUGAUGUUAAUAUUGAAAUAACAUCACAAGAAUUAUUAAUAUCAAUUAUUAAUAAAAGUCCAACAAAUCAAAUACUUUUCAAUGGAACAUAUUUUACCUUAAAGAAAACAUUGGGACCAUCGAUAAUUGCAACUUGUAUGUUAUGUCCUAUACAAACGGACAUAAUGGGCAUAUAUUGUUCCAAUUUUAAACAACACAUCAAAAAGGUACAUGGCAAUUCGAUUCUCAAAGAAAUAUAUAAAAAUAUUAAUAACAAUGAUGAUAAUGAUGAAAUAUUAUCGUCUGGUCACGAUAUGGACUACAAGCAAAAUGAGAACCAUAUAGAUUUAAAGCAAUUAAGUCUUUCCAAUCAAAUACUGUUUGAUGGAAGAUUUUUCGCAUUUAAAGGUUCAACAGAUAGACACAUGGUGGCAAUGUGUAAAUUGUGCAUACCAAACAAGAAACUUAAAGGAACAAUUCGUACAAGUUCGGAUUUUCUAAAUCAUGUAAAAUACAAUCAUGGGGAAGAUUAUAUCGAAGAAAUAAAUGAACAUAUUAGGUCAGAAAAAGAACGAUUGUUGGAGGAACAAGACAAUGAUGAUGAAGAUGACGAUGAUGAUAGUGACGAUAGUGAUGAUGAUGAUGAAAAUAAAAUGAAAUUGGAAAGCAAUCCUGAAUAUAAAAAAUUUGCCAGUUGUCGUAAAAAACGGUUCUCCUACAGCGAUUUUCGCAUUUAUAAAGGCUUAACUCUAACACAUCAAUUUCUUUUCGAUGGGAAAUUUUUCGCCUUUAUAACUAUGAAAAGAGCUCAUAAAAACGCAGCAAAAGUCUUUAUGGCAACAUGUCAAUUCUGUAAACCACACUAUGACGUUAAGGGAAGUCAUAUUAAGAGAUUUCAAGCUCAUCUCAAAAAAUAUCAUGGCGAUUCGAGUGUGGAAGAACUAAACGAAUAUAUUCGAAUUAAGACAUUAGAAUUGGAAGGAACGGUGACGAAUUCAGAUUCAUUUAAAGCAUCUUCAACAACAAGAACAUCGUUCACAAUCGAAAAUGAAGAAACAACUGAAAAUAAUUUAAGAAGCAAUUUAGAAACACAUGUGGAAACUAGUAAUCAAAGACCUGGUACAUCAUCCAAUGAUGAUACUAAUGAAACGAAAUCACAAAACUAUUCUGCUAACUCGAAUAGAUCAUUUAAAUCAAAAAAGAAAUAUACUCCAGACCCAUCUACGAGUAUAAAAGGAAAAUCAAGAGAGCAUCUCAAGAGACAUGCAGAAAAAUCAGUUAAAGAAAUAAAUGAUGUUGGUAAUGAGAAUGUAGGUGAUGUUGGAACAGCGGCUUCAAUAUUACCGUCACAUCACGAUAUGCAGUACCAGAAUAGAAUAAACUUAAAGAAACUAAGUCUACCCAAUCAGAUACUUUUUGAUGGAAGAUUUUUCACACUUAAAGGUUUAAAUGGUAGACACAUGAUUGGAAUAUGUAAAUUAUGCAAGCCAAACAGGGAACUUAAAGGAAUAAUUGGCAAUAAUUCGUCUUUUCUAGGACAUGUCAAAAUGCAUCAUGGGAAAAAAUAUGUCGAAGAAAUGAGAGAACAUAUUCGAUUGGAAAAAGAACAAUUGUUGGAGAAAAAAGACAAUGACGAAGAUGAUGGUGACGAAGAUGCUGAUAAUAAUCCUGACAAAAUGGAAAAUAACAAUGACGAAGAUGAUGGUGAUGAAGAUGACGAUAAUAAUACUGACAACAUGGAAUUCAAAAGUAACCCUGAAUAUAGACAAUUUGCCAGUUCUCGCAAAAGCUGCGCCGGAUACAAAGACUUUGUCCUUUAUAAAAGUUUAACUCUAACAAAUCAAAUACUUUUCGAUGGCAAAUUUUUUGCCUUUAAAAAUAUAAAAAAAACCCAUGCCAAGGGAUCAAAAGUCUUUAAGGCAACAUGUCAAUUCUGUAAACCACAUUAUGACGUUAAGGGAAUUCAAAUGAAAGAUUUUCAAACACAUUUCAAAAGAUAUCAUGGAGAUUCGAGUGUGGAAGAAUUAAACGAAUAUAUUCGAAUAAAUAUAUGUGUUAAAUUGGGAGGAAAAAAUCCACAUUCGUUUUCUGUUCCAUUCAAAACCAAUUCAACGACAACAUCAUCGAUAAAUGAAAAUGAAGAAAGUGAAAAUGAUUUGAGAAGCAGUGUAGAAACACAUCCGGAAAGUAUUAAUCAAAGAGGUGCUUCUAAUCGAGAACGAGAGCAUCUUAAGAGACCAGUUAAAGAAAUGAAUGAAUAUGGUUAUCCAAAAAAAUCUCGAUUGCAGAAGAAUAAUAAUAAUGAUGAUGAUGAUGAAGAAAUCAGCGAAAUUCAAACAAAUUUAUUAUCAUCAACAACAACAACAUCAUACAAAACCUUAAAUGAACUUCAACCAACAACAAUGUCAACAUUGGCACAAGCAGGUUUUUUGUUAUCAUCAGCAACAUCGACACCAAAAACAAUAAAUACUAAAUUACCACCACCGCUACAAACUAAAGAGAAACUUUCGAAUAAACAAUUAUUAAUAUUUAAUAAUAAAAUUAUAACAUUUUUCUUAAAAUCAUUUAGUCCAUUGGGUGCGGUAGCAACACCAGAAUUUUGGACAAUGUUUGAUAGCGGGAUACCUCGAAUUUCUGAAGAAGAUCUUAUCAAACAAAUUGAAGAAAAAUUUAUGUGGAUGAGAGAUAAAAUUAUUGCACUUCUAGAAAAUAUUGAUUUUAUUUGUAUAACAAUUGAUUUAUGGUCAUCAUCAUCAAAAUCUCAUUAUUAUUUAGCAGUAAUUUGUCAUUGGAUAGAUGCGAUUGAUUUUAAACGGAAAUCUGUUGCAAUUGCUUGUAAACGUUUUGAUAAGUUUGAAAAUCAAACUUGCACCGAUGUGAUCCUGGAACAAAUUCUGAACGACUAUCAUUUGCCUUUGAAUAAAAUCACAUCGAAAGUAACAAAAAAUUGCUACAAUUUUAGUCAGAUUUUUAAGAACCUAAAUAUAAGUACUAAAGCAAAGUCUGAUGCCAUUGAUGAAAAUCAUUCUUUAUUAUUUCAAACAAAGCAUCUAAUCUGUUACACAAAGACACUAAGUUUAAUAGCAACAAUCGAUAUACCGAAUGUAAUCGAUUCAAGUUCUUCAUUGAAGUUACUUAAUGAAUCAACUCUGAAAAAAGUUUUCGCAUUUUUAUCUGUGGCACAGUUCUUUCCUAAAGUCUCGCCAAUGCUGAAAAAUUUAAAGAAACCAGAUGUUACAAAAUGGAAUUCAAUUUACAAUUCGAUAUCAUUUGUAUUGAAACUUGAAGAGAAGUUAUCAUUUGUUAAACUUUUUUCAAUGGUCCAUAUGGAACCAUUUACUGAUGAAGAAGUCAAAUAUCUCCGAGAAUAUGUCAAAUGUUUGAAUCCUUUGGCAAUUGCAUUUGAGCGUUUGCAAUGCGAACAAGGUACAUACCAUGGCUUUGUUUUGCCAACUCUAUUGGAGAUGAGGAAAAAAUGUGAGAAACUUUUGGAAAGUAAUGACAUCACUCUAUGUCAACCGAUUUUGAAGACAAUUCUGAUAAAUUCUAUGAAAAGAUUUGAGGAGUAUUUCAAACCUAGCCAAAAAUCUGAGCUUGUUACUAUUGCUAGUUUGUCGCAUCCAUUUUUCAAAGAAAAAUGGGUUUCGGCCAUUGAUGAAUUGGAGAGAAAGAAUGUGCGGAAACAUUUUGUUGAAGUUGUUAAAACUGAGGCUUCCAAGGUUAAUAAUAAUAAUGGAGAAAAAGAUGUUCAGAAACCAGAAAGUGGCGGCGAUGAGGAAAUCGAUGAUUUUUACUUUGGCGAGGAUGAUCCAAAAGAUAUGACGAAAACAAAAAUGGCAAUUGAAUUGGAUGCAUUAAGAUAUUUGGGUGAUAAGCGAAGAGAUUUAAAAAUGCUAGACGAUUAUCCAGCUGUUAAACGAGUAUUUCUAAAAUACAAUACAGAUCUGUCAUCGUCAGAACCAUUUGAAAAACUUUUUCCAUAUGAAACACGAGAAUAUAUUGCAAGAUAUGGGAAAUUGGCAGAUGAGCUAUUUGAAGAGCGAGUACUGCUAAAUGUGAAUAAAGAUGAAUUAGCUUUAUAAACUAAAAAAAA